CAAUCGUCGCCAAUCCGUCAUGAAGACUCCGCUGUUUCUCCUCUUGGUCGUAUUGGCUUCCCUCCUGGGAUUGGCCGUAUCCCAGGAUCGAAAUAGCCCGGAGUGGAUGAAAAGUCAGGAGGAUCGUGAGAAGUGGUGCAGGCUCAACUUAGGACCCCACCUUGGUGGCAGAUGCUGAAAAUAAGCACAUUGUUGUUAACAAUAAACAAAUGGGAUUGCCCAAAUCCAGUAGUGCAGCUAGCCAACUUA